AUGAGCCGGAAGCGGCCGCGCCUGGUCCCCGAGACCCUGGGGCUGAAGAGGCGGCGGGACCGAGGGCCUGCGGAGGCAGAUCCUUCGAGGGGCGUUGCAGGGUCGGCGCGCGCCGCAGUCGCGGAGCUGGUGCGGCUGUUCCCGCGAGGCCUGUUCGAGGACGCGCUGCCGCCCAUCGUGCUCAGGAGCCAGGUGUACAGCCUCGUGCCGGACCGGACGGCGGCUGACCGGCAGCUGAAGGAACUUCAGGAACAGAGGGAGAUCAGAGUCGUCCAGCUAGGCUUCGACCUGGAUGCCCAUGGGAUUAUUCUCACUGAAGACUACAGGACCAUAGUCCUCAAGGCCUGUGAUGGCCGAUCAUAUGCUGGGGCUGUGCAGAAGUUUCUGGCUUCGGUGCUUCCAGCCUGUGGAGACCUUAGUGUUCAGCAGGACCAAAUGACACAGACCUUUGGCUUCAGGGACAUGGAAAUCACGCAGCUGGUGAACGCUGGAGUCCUCACUGUCCGAGAUGCUGGCAGUUGGUGGCUGGCCGUGCCCGGAGCUGGGAGAUUCAUUAAGCAUUUUGUUAAAGGGCGCCAGGCUGUGCUUGGCAUGGUCCGGAAGGCUAAGUACCGGGAACUACUCCUUUCAGAGCUCCUGGGCCGGCGGGCACCUGCCUCGGUGAGACUCGGCCUUGCCUACCAUGUGCAUGACCUCAUUGGGGCCCAGCUGGUGGACUGUGUCUCUACCACUUCUGGAACCCUUCUGCGCCUGCCAGAGACGUGAGGAUUCUAUUCGUCGUGGCAAACCUUCCCAAGAGGGGCCCAGGAGUGUUGCUGCCCAGUGGUGGCUGAGACAAGGUCACCUUGGGAAAGCUUGAGGCCAGGAGGAUGAGUGUUGGACUCACGGGCAUGCAACGUCAGGUGUGCCUGCUGCUGUUGACCUGUGCUCCGAGCCAGUGGGCAGUGCUUCUCUGUCCUUCUGUGGAAGUGGAGCCAGAAACGGUGCCAAGGCCAUGGCUGCUGCCUUUCGUGCAGCAAGGUGCUGCUUUCAUUGUCUUGGGAAGGAAGGUGGGGUUUCCGAGGAGGCUGGUGAGGGAGGGCAGGGCUCUUCUCUGCGUGUUGGGUUGAAACUGCCAAAUAAAGUAUUUGUGCUGG